AUGCCGGAAUCGGUAAAUAGAAAGAUCCUAAACUUCGGUACAGGGCUUUACAGACAAACGUCGAGUGAAGACGAACAAAAUAACCGCGAUGGUCUGCCGAAAACAUCGGAUAUACGCGUAUUCACGGGACAGAAACCAACAGAGUCCACAGGUGCGGUCCCAAAAGCGACUAAACCCAUUCCAGAACCACAACCUAAAAGAAAGAGAACUCUCGAGAGGUCCGUCAUAAAUCAAACCGCCAAAGUAGCAGAAAAUAUGGACACAAUUACAGGGGAAGGGGCGUCCAUUACCCCUAAAAAGUUUUCUACAAACUUUGUGAAUAUCCUUAAAGAAAAGGCGGCGAGAUCCAUCAAAGUACAAAACAAAUUCCAACCACUCUCAGACACUGAUUCAGACGAGGAAGACACGAACACACAAAAACCACCCUUGGCAACCAAAAAACCAAAAGCCAGGAUAGUAACAAAAAAUAAUAAAACAGACAAUACUGAAACCACCAAAAACCUAAACAUAAAAACAUCAAUGCCGCCAAUCGUAAUAGAAGGCAGGACAGAAAACCACAACACCCUAAACAAAGACCUCCAGAACAUCGUUGAAGGAAAAUAUACGAUAAAAUACACAAGUAGCUUCACCAUCAUUUAUGUGGAGGAACCAAGCGACUACCUAAACCUGAUAAGCAGUAUCAAGGAAACAAAAAUCUCAUACCACACCUAUACGAGUACGACUGAGAAGUCACACGUAUUCGUGCUUAGGGAACUUACCACAGGGAUAACCACGGAACAAAUAGAGGAAGACCUCAUGCAUUCAUACGAUAUCAAAGUAUGCGAAAUCUACCAGAUGUCCACUAAAAAUUGGCCUCUCUUCCUCUUAGUCACAGACCCUGCAAUCACCCUAGACUUCCUUAACAAAAACAUAAGGGUAGUAGAAAAUAUCAGAGUAGUAUGGGAACUGCGAAAAUCCACGAAGAGCAUCAUACAAUACCAUAAUUGCCAGGCGUUGGGACACGCUACUGCCAAUUGCUGA